AUGUCGAGAUAUCCAACAAGGUCGAUCGCCAGUGCCGGGAGCGAGUCGAUCGGUAGUCAUGGAAGUCCUCGCCAACGAUCGUCGUCCGCGCGCGGAGAACGCUUCGCUUCGAACCCUGCAUCCUUUUCGUUGGAGACGAACCAAUAUGAUACCGCCCUACCCCCGAUCAACUUUCACCACGCCCCGCUCGCACAUCGCCGAACCGGCAGUACUUUAAAAACCGUGAUGCGGAAGAUAUUCAACAGGAAAAGGCAGAGUCAGACAGAUGGUGUGGAGGAGAGCCCGAUCGAGUCCUACUAUUCUCCCUCUACCGGGCGCCAGUCGAAUCCCGUCGAGGGGAAAUCCUUCCUUGCGGUUCCUACACCCUCGGAAUCCAAACGGAGCAGUCCCCUGUCGGAGGAAAAUCUCAAUCUUGCGGAAACUCAUCUCUCUCCUACCUCCUUGAGCCAUGACUGCUUGACUUCAGGUGGAAUAAGUGGGGUGGCUUCGCGGAGGCGGCGGGCGACUCUGCCCAGUGUGAUCUUUUCAGACGAUGAAUCUCGUUAUGCAGUUGCUUCGGCAAUUUCAGACCCCCACGAGGAUCGACCGCAUAUGUCCGACCCCCAAUUAAGGCGCAGCAUUCUUCAAGAGCGACGAAGAUCGAGAAGUACGGAUGCUCUGCGGGAAAUGGUUGUUGAGCGACCAAUGUCGGCUACAGCCUUGCCGACUUGGACGACCUCAGCGCCAACUCCCGCGCCAGAGACUAGAACUUCCCCUCUUGAAGAGAGCACAGCGAGCGACCCCUCUGCUAGACCGUCUACCGGGACAACAGUGACUAGUGUCACUCAUGCGUCAGCCACACCAUCCUCGUCGAAUCCGAUCAACAUGCGGAGCAAAUGA